CAAAACCUCUUUGAGUAACACGCCUUCUCUUCACAAAAGACCCAGGCCCAAUCCAAGGGGCAUUUCUUGUCGCAGCACAAAAAGUUCCUUCACUCUCAGGUCCUCUUUUUCCCGCCAAAUUUUCUUCUCCACCAUUUUUCUCUCCCAAAAUCUCUGUGAAAAUCCAGCAAAAUGGGUGUUGAAAAUCCAGCAGAACAAGCUCAGGUUCUGCUAAGAACAAGGCUUUGCAAUCCCAAUUUUAUUUUCACCAUUUUCUCUGAUUCCCCAGAUAGCAAUUACAGCAAAUUGAAGUACAUAAUGUCAAGUUCAGUAACUGAAGCAUGUAACAACUCAGCUCUACUUCUUGGCCCUCGUGGUUGUGGAAAAGUUGCGACUUUAGAGAUGGUUAUCAAGGGUUUACUGCAAGAAUAUCCAGACACGAUCUGUGUGAUUAAACUGAAUGGACUCUUACACAGCGAGGACAAUUUUGCUUUGAAGGAGAUAGCAAGGCAAUUGUGCAUAGAAAAUCAAUUAAUCUUCUCAAAGAUGGCAUCGUUUGACGAUAAUUCCCAGUUUGUGAUAGCCAUGUUAAGGGAGUGCGGAUUGGCACAUAAAACUAUUAUAUUUGUGUUGGAUGAGUUUGACCUUUUUACACAGGGUAAACAACGAUUACUCUAUAGCUUGCUAGAUGCAAUGCAGUCAGUAACUUCGCAAGCUGUUGUCAUUGGUGUGAGUUGCAGAUUGGAUGCUGAUCAACUCUUAGAGAAGAGAGUAAGGUCUCGUUUCUCGCAUAGAAAGCUGUUGUUUCUACCCCCUUCGCAAGAAGACUUGCAAAAAAUUUUGCAGCACGCUUUACUACUGCCAACAGAGUCAAGCCUUCCUCCCCAAUAUGUAGCUGCUUAUAACAAAAAGCUUCUUAAUACUUUGUCAGAUGACAAAUUUAAAGACAUCAUUGAGUCAUUAUGCAAUUCUGAUUCAACUUUUAACCAUCUAUUGAGAUUUCUGUUUUCUUCUGUGUGCCAUAUGGAUAUGAAAUCUGGAGUUUUAUCACUUGAUAACUUUAAAACAGCAGUAUCAAGUAUUCAACGGCAACCCAAGUUAGAAGCCUUGCAAGAUUGCUCCAUUUUAGAGCUAUAUAUACUUGUUUGCUUGAGGAGGUUGGAAGUCAAAGAGCAAGAGACGACUAACUUCAAUUCAGUAAUGAAAGAGUAUAAAGCCGUACAUGAUUCAUUCCAAACAACAGACUAUUAUGCACGGAAUGUAUGCCUCCGGGCAUUUGAACAUCUUUUACAACGCCAAUUGAUCUCCUUGGUUGACAACAGAGGGCACAGCCAAUCUGUUGAGUUUCGUCCGGUGAGGCUUUUGGUCUCAUCACAUGAACUACAUCAGGGACUGAAAUCAUACCGUUCCUGCCCAGCUAUUCUUCAUAAACUACUUUGACCAUGGAGUGUGAAGUCAAAGCCUCAUAUGUUGUAUUAUUCCAUCAGAUUUUUUUUGUAAGAUUAGAGUAAUUUUAAUACAAAAGAAUUAUACAAUUUCCAUAUUAUGCCACAUUUUUCAAUGUUGUUUUUUUUGGUUGUUGUAAUAGAACUAGUAGCAUUACAGUUUGAACUGUGGCAUCUUGUUGAUAUUUACAAUGUUAAGUUAGUGAAAUUGUCAAAAUAAAUCAGGUAUUAUUU